GCUCCCUCGGGUUCCAGAAUCAUUGAAAUUGAGUCCAGAGAGAUGCGGAGCGGGAAAAAAAGCGAAACGAAAGAACGGGCCUCCUGGAAGAAGCGGGAAAGGAAAUAAAGAACCAGGGCAGAGAGGGAGAAAGAGAGAAGAGAGAGAGGGUCUCUCUUAGAGAGCGAUAGAGAGAGGAAAAUGGCUCCUGUUAUGCAAAGCUCCCACCCAUGGGUGGAGAAAUACAGGCCGAAGCAGGUGAAGGAUGUGGCUCACCAGGAUGAAGUCGUCCGUGUCCUCUCCAACACCCUCCAAACCGCUAACCUCCCUCACAUGCUCUUUUAUGGUCCCCCUGGAACAGGGAAGACCACCACGGCCCUUGCCAUUGCUCACCAGCUUUUCGGGCCUGAAUUGUACAAGUCCAGGGUUUUAGAGCUCAAUGCAAGUGAUGACCGUGGGAUCAAUGUGGUGCGCACAAAGAUCAAAGGUUUUGCAGCAGUUGCUGUUGGAUCAGGAAACCCUAAUAGUGGAUACCCAUGUCCACCGUACAAGAUUAUUAUCUUGGAUGAGGCUGAUUCAAUGACUGAAGAUGCACAGAAUGCGCUGAGGCGAACAUUGGAAACUUACUCCAAAGUUACAAGGUUUUGUUUCAUUUGCAACUAUGUUAGCAGGAUCAUAGAACCACUUGCCUCAAGAUGUGCAAAGUUUAGGUUUAAGCCACUUUCUGAAGAAAUCAUGAGCAGUAGGAUAUCUCACAUUUGCCGCCAGGAGAGUCUUAAUCUGGAUUCAGAGGCUCUUGCAACUUUAAGCUCUAUCUCUGAUGGGGAUCUUCGUCGAGCGAUAACAUACUUGCAGAGUGCAGCUCGCUUGUUUGGAUCAUCUAUAUCUGCCAAGAAUCUAAUCAGUGUUUCAGGGGUCAUUCCACAGGAUGUGGUUGAAUCCUUCCUUUCAGCAUGCAGGAGUGGUAGUUUUGAGAAGGCAAACAAGGAAGUCGAAAACAUAACUGCUGAAGGAUAUCCUGUAUCUCAGUUGCUUUCUCAGUUAUUUGAUAUGGUUGUUGGUACGACUGAUAUAUCCGAUGAACAGAAGGCCAGGAUAUUCAACAGAAUCGCUGAGGCUGAUAAGUAUCUAAUUGAUGGGGCGGAUGAGUACCUGCAAUUACUGGAUGUCGCGAGCAACACAAUGCGGGCUAUCUGCAACAUGCCUCAGGAGUUUUCUACCUAGUAAGAAUAUAGGAACUUUAAAGAAUAUCUAUGUCUAUCAAGGGGAUAUACAGGUGCAAGCUAUCUCACAGAUCGAGAUGAUGCGAAGUCUACAUCUGGAUAUAUGUUUAUGCUUGGAGGGGGUGCAGUUUCUUAGAAAUCAAAGACAAAAAUGUGACGAAAUUAUCCACCAUGAAGGCAGAUCACGUGGUGUGCUGUUUGGUGAUCGAGGAGGUUGUAUGGAUUAAAAAAUUUCUUAAUCAACUUGACUUUCACCUCGUGCGCUGUGAGGCAGUAAAUUUUUUUUGCGAUAGCACGGUGACGAUAUGCGUGUCAAAGGAGUCAUAAUGCCAUAAGAACUUCGAACAUGUAAAACCAUAUUUUUUAUCACUUGAGGAAUGAUGUGAGAUUGAGAAAUAUCGAGAUCCAGAUAAACUAAAUAUGCUAAUGGUAGCACCUGCUAGUAUUUGGCAUGCCAAAUGGAUCAACAGAUUAUAAUGUUGUUCACUCAUGGAACCCAAAUGUUUGGUGGUGGUUGUAUGGUUACAAAAGGGAGUAGCUUAUUUGAAGAACUCUUUUGAGCCUAUGAACAUACGACCCCAUGCGACGUGGGUACAUGAUUGUCUUUUGUGAUAAUAAGUCUAUGAUUCACGAUGCGA